AAGAACCACGAGGAGGAAAUGAACGCGCUGCGCGGGCAGGUGGGAGGAGAGAUCAGCGUGGAGAUGGACGCGGCUCCCGGCAUCGACCUCACCAAGAUCCUGGCCGAGAUGCGGGAGCAGUACGAGAGCCUGGCAGAGAAGAACCGCCGGGACGCCGAGCAGUGGUUCUUCAGCAAGACGGAGGAGCUGAACCGCGAGGUGGCCAUCAACACGGAGCAGCUGCAGAGCGGCAAGACGGAGAUCACGGAGCUGCGCCGCACCAUCCAGAGCCUGGAGAUCGACCUGCAGUCCCAGCUCAGCACGAAAGCGGCGCUGGAGGGCACCCUGGCCGACACCGAGGCGCGCUACGGCACCCAGCUGGCCCAGCUGCAGGCGCUGAUCACCAGCGUGGAGGAGCAGCUGGCCGAGCUGCGCUGCGACAUGGAGCGCCAGAACCACGAGUACCGCGUGCUGCUGGACGUCAAGUGCCGCCUGGAGCAGGAGAUCGCCACGUACCGC